GUGAGUGCGGUCCCUGCGCGCGGAGUACGCUGGAAGUUGUAGUCCGCUUGGGUCAAGCUGUGCAGAAUCUCCGGAAGUGAAGGCGCGAGGCCUGGUUGAGUUGGCACUGGGUAGCGGGACUCGACUCUGGAGUGCUGCUCGGGGCCAGGUCAUGAACGGACCGGCGGAGGGCGAAGUGGACUACAAAAAGAAAUACCGGAAUCUGAAGCGGAAGCUCAAGUUCCUCAUUUACGAACACGAGUGCUUCCAAGAGGAGCUCAGGAAGGCGCAGAGGAAAUUGCUGAAGGUUUCCAGGGACAAGAGUUUCCUUCUAGAUCGACUUCUACAGUAUGAGAAUGUGGAUGAAGACUCUUCUGGUGAGCAAGACUCAGAUGCCACCGCAUCUUCAGAUAACAGUGAGACAGAAGGGACGCCCAAGUUGCCUGACACACCAGCCCCCAAGAGGAAAAGAAGCCCUCCUCUGGGGGGUGCCCCUUCCCCUUCCAGCCUCUCCCUGCCUCCUUCAACAGGAUUUCCCUUGCAGGCCUCUGGGGCCCCCUCCCCAUACCUGAGCUCGCAGCUGGCUUCUCCCCCUUAUCCCCCAUUCCCUUCUGACUACCUGGCCCUGCAGCUGCCUGAGCCCAGCCCCCUGAGGCCCAAGCUGGAGAAACGGCCCCGCCUACCCCGGAAACUCAAGAUGGCGGUGGGACCCCCUGACUGCCCUGUGGGCGGGCCGCUGACCUUCCCUGCCCGAGGUCCUGGGGCCAGUGUUGGGGCGGCCCUGACCCCCCUACCUCCCCCCAAGAUGCCCCCACACACAAUCCUGAGCACCGUCCCUCAGCAGAUGUUCAGCGAUGCAGGCAGUGGGGAUGAUGCUCUGGACGGUGACGACGACCUGGUGAUCGACAUUCCAGAGUAACUGCCCAGUGCUCCAACCAGUGCCAGCCACUCAAGCCCACUUCCUCAGAGAUGUUUAUUGAUGCCCAGUUGCCAUGCUUCGGCCACUGACACAAUCAGAAAAGGCGUAAACAUGCACAAAUGUCCCCCAGGAAGGUGGCCCCCAGCUCCAUCCAGGGGACAGUUAUUUAAUGAGUGGCCAGAAGUAUUGGCCACCUCUUAGGGAAGCAGAGACCCUGUGGUGGCCACCCCUUCAGAAGGGCAGCUGAACAGGGCUGGGGCUUUUCUAGUGAAGAUUCUGUAUUAAAGGACUGACUUUUUUUUUUUUUUUUUAACUUGUCCUUUUCUCUUUUGGAAACUCCUCUAAAUCUCCCCUAAUCCAACCUCCUCCCUAUGGGGCAGGAGGCCAGGCAGCCUGGAGAGGCCUAGAGAGGAGUAGUGGGGUGGGGCAGGAGUGCUGGCAGGGGACUCCCUGCUCUGCCCUGUGCCUGGGGUGGUUGCAUAUUUGCAGGUAACAGCAAGUCAGGCAGGAGAAAGUUUGCAUAUGUGAAUAUAGAUCUCCACAGUCCCUCACAAGAAGACAGACCCACAGUCACAGAAA